AAAUCAGAGAAUGCUAAAUUCGCGAGGAUAGAGUAGUACUUCAAACGAGAUCUGGCCCGGAUGCAUGAAGAACUUAAAUGGAAGUAAGAAAUGGCAUUUCUGUGGCCCAUCAGGAACCGGCAUUUCUUAUUUCCUUCUUUGUUCCUCCUGCCUAGAGCUCCUUUGGAGUAUUUUAUUGAGUUCGCGUCGCGGUUUUGCUGCUCAUGCACGUUCUCCCAAAACGUCUUGCUUUUGAUCUUGCUUACUGCUGAACUGCUCAACUUCCGUUCAAGAGAAACCUUUUGGGCGAGUUGGCCAUGGAUCCAAUGGGGCAUGACACGAAGACAGAGUUCUUUUUGAACUUUCCGGAAGCUCUUUCAUCGGUCGAGAUGAGGAGGAAGGUGAAAUCGACGGACGGAUAUGUGAACUGGGAAGUAGUCUUGCACAUGGUGCCUCAUGCUUCCCGCACUGGCAAAGGUGUGCUGCUGAACUUGGAGGCGGUAGCCUUCAGCCCCAAUUCCCUGCGUCCGUACACGAAGAAGUUUGUGUACGCCUCGUGGUUGCUCAAGUCGAAAGGAGCACCUGACUUGUGUGACAACUGCCGAAGGGCAGGCUAUACAGCCUGUGGCGAGGGCUACGACUAUUGCGACCGGUCUGUCGGGCAAAUCUUCCGCAAGCGGUCCACGGGCAUGUCUGUCACCAGGGUUGAAAGCACUCUGACUCUGGCCGAGGGACCCCUAUGCAACAACUUCCUUUUCAAGAUGAGCAACGUGGAGGUCGCCGACUCCAGCUUCGGCACUGGAACGCACGACGGAAGAACUUGCCGCUUCCUCGUCAUCGAGGUGACCCUGCGCCACUUCAAGAGCGACGAGGACGUGGGGGCACCGAAUGUACAGGCGGCAGCGUCCAUUGUCUCCACGAACCUCCAGGCGAUGCUGGAUUCCGGCGCACUGUCGGACGUGUCGUUCCUCGUGGGCGACGAGGAGGUGAAGGCGCACCGAGUGGUGCUGGGGGCGGCCAGCGACGUCUUCAAGGCCAUGUUCGAGACGGACACGCAGGACAGUCGCACCGGCAGGAUCCACGUCGAAGACUCUCAAGCAGACGCUUUCAGGGCAAUGCUCAGGUGUCUGUACACCGGUGCGAUGCCGGCCUGGACUGAAGAGGACGACGAUUUCCUCAUGGGUGUUCUCAACUUGGCAGAGAAAUACAAUCUCGGGCCGUUGCACGAGGAGUGCCAGCGCCGCAUCCUUUGCACCAUGUCGGUGGACAACGUAGUGGAGCGUCUCAAAGCCGUGAAUAUCCUUAGCCCGUCCAUGGUGCCCCUUUUGGCAGAUCCCUUCGUGAGGAGCCAUUUUUCGGAGAUACUUUCGACUGAAGAAUGGACUGCAUUUAUGAAAGAUGAUGUUCACUUGGCAGCACAAGUCAUGUACAAUGCGAUGAAGAGAUAAACGGAACACAAUUGUUUUCCUUUUUUGUCUUCAGCGGCAUUGGUCUCAGAUUUGUUACCUACUCUCACUCUCAUGAUGAAGAAGUAUUAUGUGUUUUGUUUUCCGUUUAGUUGCUAAUUUUCUCAUCAGUGUGCCCUUAUUUAAACCAUUGUAAUAUCUAUGAAGCCGAUGUGCUUUUCUCCAUUUGCUUUGGUUGCUUUUACCAUGGCGGGCAUCUAAGAUCUUUUGUACUUACUUAUACAUAUGAACCAUUGUUAUAGCCUUUUCGCCGAUGUGCACUUUGCCACUUGUAUCGAAAAUCCAUUGCAUGUGUUCGUAAAUGGUGAAUAAAUACGUACGUCUGACUUA